UACUUUCCUUCCUCAUUUUAUUUCUCAAAACAAACACUAUUUGGGCGUUUUGUUACACUCUCACAUUUCCCUGUUCAUCCAUCGGAUCGACAAUCUCUAUACCUGUACAAGGAAAACAAUUUCACACAAUAUCAGAUUCUGAUUCACUCAUUCUUCCUUCGUUCUCCCUCAUCAUCAAUUUCGAUCUCUCUCGCUUUCUUUCUAUUGUGAGAAAUGGACAAGGUUGUAGAAGAGGUGGAAAGGGUGAAGAAAGAGUGGAACGAAACAUGCAUCAAAACACAGGAUCACAUCAAUGCAAUUGGAGAAUACGGUAAAUCAGGAAGAUCAAAAGAUGAAAAGAAUUCACUUGCUAGAUUAAACGGUAUUGCUCAAGAUGGUUUAGCGCUUCUUUCUUCUUUGCAUUUCAAUCUCGAUCUUCUCGCUCCUCAGUUGCCUACACAACAAGAAGUUGAUUCUGCUCGUCAAUUGCUUCAAUCAUGGAAAACCCUAACUCAAAAUUUGCGGAUAAGUUUGAGGAAUGCUAAUCUACAAGCCAAGGCUAACUUGAGGAAAGCUGCUCAAGAAGAGAGAGAACUACUUCUAGGUGGUGGAGAAGAAUCAACAGUUCGCAGACGCAAUUUGCAGACAAAAGCUGGAAUGACAUCUGCCGCAGAGAGCAUAACAGAAAGCCUCCGUCGUACCCGUCAAUUGAUGGUUCAGGAAGUUGAAAGAAACACAAGCACACUUAUGACUCUUGAUGAAUCAACUGGAGUGUUAAAAAAGGCUGAAAGUGAAUAUAAAGGGCACCGCUCAUUGUUGACGAGAACUAGAAAUCUUCUUUCCACAAUGCAACGUCAAGAUAUCAUAGACAGGGUGAUACUUGGGGUUGGCUUUCUGUUGUUCUCCCUUGCCGUUCUUUAUGUUGUUUCCAAACGUAUUGGAAUACUUACGUUGCAGAGAAAGGUUACUGGGGCCAUAAAAGCUGGUAUGAUGGGCCAGGCAGGGCUAAGACCACAAGCUGUUGCAGAGAACAUGAAUCCUCAUCAAGCCAGAGUUGAUCGUGUUCAUAAUAUAGAGGCUCCUUUAGAACAACAAAUACAUGAUGAACUUUGAUACAUUUCCAAUAAAUGGUGUUGUGUUGUCCGCAAUUAUUUACAUUAAGAGAUAUCGUUUACCUUCACACACAACUUUAGCACCCUUCCGAUUGCUUAAAAUGAAAAGUCUUUAUCAUCUUGAGAGUUGAAAAGCCAUGUGGUACCUUUCUAAUUAGAAGGUUACUAUGAGAGGAUUAUUAAGCUGUUUUAUGAUAUCGAUUUUGAAUUUUUUUUAUCCUGUAGCCAUUAUAAUUUGGGCUAGUGAUCUCGUAUUUGUUGACAUAGUGAAAAUUGUAUACAAGAAAAUUUUGGAAA